UUUUUAAGUAGCAUGUAAGGACGCAGGGUAACCACGUCACACUAGACCCUUCAGAAGCUUUGGUACACUAUAUUACCAACGUUGUUGGUACUUUAAUUUUGGGAAAACCGUUUUCGCGUGAUGACGAAGUUCGCAAAAGCUUCAUGCACAAUCUUGAGAUAAUAAUGCACGGAGCUCAGAUUGGAGGAACUCUAAACUUUUUACCAUUUUUACGGUUUUUGCCAAAAUAUAGGAAAACGUUAACUACUUUUAGCGACACGGUGGACAAAGUUCGGGAAUGUCUAACCGUCUACAUUAACGAAUACGAAAAACCUAUUUCUAACGACUUUUCUGCUACUAAUUUAAUUGAAGCGUUUUUGUUGCAAAGGUCUAAGGGUGGUCCUCCUGAAAUUUACAACAUGGAUCAACUCAUUUACCUUUUGUUUGAUAUGUUUCUUGCUGGUACCGAAACAACGCUGAGUUCUUUAAAAUGGGUCAUUCUCUACUUAGCACAGUACCAAGAUGUCCAAGAUAAACUUCGCAAAGAAGUUGUUGAAGUUCUACAUGGAAAAACACUCGAAAUGAGUGACGUACCGAAACUGCCGUACACGCAAGCAGUACUUACUGAAGUAUCCAGAAUUAGAACUCUAGUACCACUGGGUUUUCCCCACUUUGCUGAUAAAGAUGUGUACGUGGAUGACGUGAAAAUUGACAAGGGGCAAAUGAUAAUGCCGUUGUUGUGGGCCAUGCAUAUGGAUCCUAAGGUCUGGCACCAGCCUGAAGAAUUUCGCCCUGAGAGGUUUUUAGACGACGAGAAAAAAUUUGCAUCUUCGGAGUUGAUUCUUCCGUUUCAGUCUGGUAAAAGAAUGUGUGUUGGAUACGACUUGGCAAAAAUGAUGAUGUACCUAUUUGUCGUUGUUCUCGUCAAGCAUUUCAAAGUCGAGCCGUGUGAAUCCAGUCCUAUUGAUUUUUCAGAGGUUUGUGGGCUGUCAUUAGUGCCCAAACCUCAGAAAGUUGUUUUUGUAAAAAUUUAAAUGUGGAAAUGGUUUUUGUAAUACAUAUUGUAGUCAUUGGUUUAAUCUAGCAAUUUGAAAUGUCCAAUAUUUGAAAAAUUUUCAUGACGGAAUGGUCUUAAAAUGUCCACCAAAUAAAAUAGAGACAUAAAAAGU